AUGUUUCAAUCAUUACCGUUGGCCGUUUGCAUUUCGUUUUGUAAUACACAAACACAAGCAGUAAUAAAACCUAAAAUAUUCCUUAUGUCUGAUUGUGAUUUUGAUGACUUCGAGAGGCUGCUUGAGAUCGAUGAGGAGGUGGAAGUUGAAAAAACUCAUUCGUUAACUGUUGAUUUGGAUGCAAAUGAAAACUCCCAUAUGUCUAGCCACAAAAGGACACUAUCACCUGACGUAGAGAAAUGUAAUUCACCGAAACUACUGAAAACAACUGACACCAAUUAUGAGAACGACAGAUAUGAGAAUAAUGCACAGAAGACACAUGCGUUUUCAUCUUCAAACACCUAUUUACUCAGAAGAAUUCCAGUUGACGGUGAUUAUGUUUCGGUGACAUAUAAUAAUGGUGAAAGAUUUUAUCUCAGACUGCUAGAGUCUGAUCUCGAAAAUUUCUCUGUUGCAAUGAACAACUCUUUUAACAUGUUUGAGUCAUCUGAUUUGAUAUGUGAAGCCGAAAAAAUUAAAAAUUCUAGGUCAAAAAUACUCGGUAUAGAAAGCGAAGAGAGGCACAAGAAGUCAAAUUUUUCGCAUUUAUGGACUACUAAAUACUCCCCUUCUUCUUAUUUAAACUUGAUAUCCGAUGAGACUACGAAUCGAACUCUCCUCAGAUGGUUGAAAGCAUGGGAUCAUUAUGUAUUCGGAACACCAGCACCCAAGACUAACUCUCAUAUGAAUCCAGGAUCAGUAACGUACAGACCGGAUGAUCUUGAAGCAGUAGCUGGUGAAAUUAAUCCUCGUGAUGGUUUGGGAAAGACAACUCUUGCUCAUUUGUUGGCUGAACAUGCUGGAUAUCAAGUGGUUGAAAUAAAUGCUAGCGAUGAUCGUAGUGUCAGUGUUCUUCGUGAUCGUCUUACAGCCAUUGUUUCCAGUUCAACCAGUUUAAACACAUCGAAAAAUACUAACUCUGAUCAUCAUCAGACUUAUCUUAAACCUUGUUGUUUAAUUAUGGAUGAAAUAGAUGGAGCCAUGCCGGCAGCAGUUGAAUUGUUAGCCACAGCUGCAAAAAAUGUUUUGCCUUCUACAUCUGAACGACAACAACGAGGUCGAAGGUCGAAUCAUCCUCUAGUUUUACGGCGUCCUGUUAUUUGUAUAUGUAAUGAUUUAUAUUCACCAUCUGUUCGAGCCUUGAGGGCCCCUGGAAUUCCUUGCCUGAUCAUACGCAUACCAAGUGUUGACUUGGGACGUCUUGUAUCUCGGCUUGAUAUCAUAGCUAGAACAGAAGGACUUGCUGUUGACAAAAUGACUCUUACACAGUUGGCUGAAAUGUCUGAUCGAGACAUUCGUUCAUGCUUAAACACACUGCAAUUUUUAGACUCAGUGAAAUCAGCGGAUAAUAUCAGUCAAAAGUUCAACACUUUGUCAGUUAAUGAUAUUUUAUCGCUUUCUCAAUCUCAAAGUGGCCUGAAAGAUGUUCAUAAAAGUCUAUUUGAUGUAUGGAAAGCUAUUUUCACUAUCCCAUCACAACGUCUACUUUCAAGUUGUAAAAAUACUAGCAGUUGUAAUACUUUAUCUACUAGACUAAACUAUAUACUGAGUAUCACUGAAGCUGCUGCUGAUCAUCAACAAAUAAUUAUGGGUAUUUUUGAAAACUAUCUCUAUGGUCGAUUAAAGGACGCAACACUACGAGUGGCGUGUCAAGCAGCUGAUUGGUUUGUGUUUGACGAUCUACUGAACAAUUACGCAUUGUCUAAGUCACAUUACACGCUUUUACGAUAUGCAGGAUGGUUGCCUUGCUGGUUUCAUUUAGCCAUAGCCACUCCAUCUGGUCUACUUAACCAUUCCGCACCAACAGGAAAUACAAAAUAUAUGAGAAGUUUACGUUGGCCGUCUACUCCAAUUGAAGCUGCAGCAACUCGUUCACGUUAUCUGGCAAUAUUGGAUGAGCUGCAUCUGAAUCAGUGGAAUCAACCUCGAGGUGCACCUGCUAACUCUGUCAGUUCUACCAAUGGUUUUAGCAGUUUUCGAUUUUUACCACACCGACAUUUUCUAUUGGAUAUGGCAUCGAUUCUUAUCAGUCUUUUGGGUUUGCUUGCAUCAGGACUACGUCCAUUAAGUGCACAGUUGUAUAGUCAACAAGAAAAGUUAGCGCUUAACAAAUUGGUUAAUUUAAUGUUGAAUCUGGGCUUGAAUUGGACAGUUGAACAGGAUCCAGAUAGCGAUGGAAUUCAGUAUCAACUUGAUCCAGCUUUGGACAUUGUUGCUUGUUUCACAAAGUCAAAUAGUCUAAGGCAGCUUGGAUAUGCUACUAAACAACUUAUUUCCCGUGAAUUGGAAUUCGAAAGAGUUCGACGUUCAGAAUUAAUUAACAGUCGUAAUGUCAAUAAACCUACCGAUUUUAAUUCCAUCAGUAAAGAGAAUUCAAAACCAUUGUUGAAAAAUCCUGUGGAUACAUUAAUGAAUAUAUCGAGAACUCCAGUUGCAAAAAGUUUAAAGAUGAAGAGAGAUUUCUUUGGACGUGUUAUCGGUGAUAAAGUCCAAAGUACCGACAGUGCGAGUAUAUCUGAAGGUCAUACAAACACCAAAGAAUCCACUAUAAAUCGAGAUAUUUACUAUCGCUUCAAAGAAGGUUACUCUAAUGCAGUUCGGCGUCCUGUCACUAUGAAGGAAUUCGUUUUAUUUCCAUCACAAAGUGUUUGGUAA